AAAAUUUUAUUCCUCUCCCUCCUUGGAAUGCACGCUUCUUCCAUUUUGAUGACGAUCGUGGAAUCAUUCGAUUAUUUUCGCGCCGGUUUCUUUGAGCAUGACAUCGAUCGGCAUAAGAUAAGACAAAAUCCUUUGUUUGUUUUUUUUUUUUGGGGGAAAAAAAGGGUUUGAAAUUGUUAAGUUUAAUUCCUCCUCGAUUUGAAUUGGUUCCGUGUGACAAAAGUGUCAUUUACGACGACGGAUUUUGAUUUCGUUUCGAUUGAUGAGCGCCGGUGUUGGCAUUCCAGAUAUUGAGAGGUGAAUCAUGGAGAUGAGUGAUGCUGCCGAAAAGGAUAAGGGCAUCGAGAAGAGGAAGGAGGUGGCGCAGUGUGAUUUCGACGCACAACAAGCCGCCAACUAUCGCGCUUACCCUAAGCCAUUGGCUAAGUACGAGGACGUGGUUGCUGAUCCAGAGCUAUUCAAGGAGACCUUGAUGAAGCUGCAUGCUGACAUGGGUACAAAGUUUAUGGUUCCAAUUAUAGGAGGAAAGGGCCUUGAUCUGCAUCUGCUAUUUGUUGAAGUAACUUCUCGAGGUGGUAUUGAAAAAGUAGUUUCAGAGAAGAGGUGGAGAGAAGUCACUGCAGCUUUUAGUUUUCCAUCUACAGCAACCAAUGCAUCUUUUAUUCUCCGCAAGUACUAUUUAUCCUUGUUGCAUCAUUAUGAGCAGAUAUACUUAUUUGGCUCUGAAGGAUGGAACCCUCUAAAUGCUCCUUCAAAUACUUCUGCCACUUCUGUUGCUUCUCGGAAGUCAUUGGAACCUUUGAAAAUAUAUCCUGAAGCUCUGACUACUCCUAGCAAACGGAGAAGAAACAAUGGUCUUUCAUCGCCAACUUAUACCCCAGUUGUUGGAGUUAUCGAUGGGAAAUUUGAGCAUGGAUAUUUUGUGACUGUUAAUGUUGGCUCAGAGAAACUUAAGGGUAUCCUUUAUCAUGUUCCUGAACACACUGCAGAGCAAGAUCCUUUGUCUUCUAUCUGUGCUGAUGAUGGCAAUUUAGCAAGCCCACGCAACCACCAGCAUCAGUUGAAGCUCAGCAUGCUAGAUCCGAAUCCUGCAAAGCAAGACAACGGCGGGUAUAAUUGCUUCUUUGCUGAGCAACGAGCUAAGCUGUUGCCGCUUCAUCCAGGGCAAGACACAGAAAUCAGUAGAAUCAUCAGUGUUAGUUGGAAUGGGCUUAGUGAAGCUGAGAAAGCUGUAUACCAGGAGAGAGGUAUGAAGGAGAAGGAGAGGCAUGAAAGUGAAAUGAUAUUGUCUGAAAGUUUAAAACCAGGUCCGCUAGUUUACGAUCCAUCAUUGCCGAUGCAGCAGCUUCCUGUCAAACCAGUGGAGAACGUUGAUGCAAAAUCCCAGAAGCCUGACGUUAAUAUGAAAGCAUCUGAUGAUCAGAAUGAUUGCAGUUCUAAUGAUAUAAAUUCUGGUGGGGCAAGCUCACAAAUCCACCCAGAAAUUGAGAGUCCGGCAAGUGUUAGAAGUGCCAUUGUAUCUACUUGCUCGGUCAAGCCUUCAAAGGAAAUGAGCUCGAGUUGCUUAGGAGAGUGGAUGAAAAAUUGAAUGGUGCAGAAUGAUCAUAGUUUGGCUCAGCAUCAGCAUAGAAUUUAACCUUUUUUUGUUUCUUCAGUCAGCACCAUUCAAAAAGAAACUAGAGAUUUACACUCGAGACAUUUGCGUUUUGUCUCUGUUUAACCUUGCUCUUGUCAGCGUUGAAAUCUACAGUUGUU